AUCAAAGAGAGAUACGAAUCGAAAACGGCGCCGUUGGGAAGUUCGGCGUAAAUAAAAUAAAAAGAGUCUCAUCGGCGUCGGUGGGAAAAUGAUUAACCGCUGGCCAUUAACGCAACACGGCUUUCUUAUAACACACAGACAUCGAGACAGAGAUUGAAAGUGGUCCACUUCUCUCUCUCUCUCUCUCUUUACAUCAAAGAAGAAGACAAACCAGAGCAAAAAGAGCCGUUGAAGCCUAGAAAUCUAACCCUUCUCUUUCAAUCUCAACACAACAGAGAGAGAAGAGAAAAAGAGGCAUCUUUUGAAGUCAUGGCGGGUUUAAACGACGACGUCUCAGUCGACAUUGAAGAGAUCUCCAAUGGUGGAAAGGAGCAUCAUGUCAAAACAUGCCAUGGUUUGGUUUCAGUUGUAGUCUAUGGAGACCAAGAGAAGCCAGCAUUGAUCACUUACCCUGAUGUAGCAUUAAAUUACUUGUCUUGCUUCCAAGGGCUGUUUCUCUGCCCUGAAGCAGUGUCUUUGCUCCUCCAUAACUUCUGCAUCUACCAUAUUAGUCCCCCUGGACAUGAGUUCGGAGCUGCUCCAGUUUGUUCCACUGAUCCGUCGCCUUCUGUUGAAGACCUUGCUGACCAGAUUCUCGAAGUCUUGAACUUCUUUAGACUGGAGUCAGUAAUGUGCAUGGGGAUCACUGCUGGUGCCUACAUCCUCUCCUUAUUUGCUAUAAAACAUAAAGAUCGAGUUUUGGGUCUGAUUCUGAUAUCGCCUCUAUGCAAAGCACCCUCAUGGUCUGAAUGGUUUUAUUACAAGGUAGUGUCAAACUUGUUGUACUAUUAUGGCAUGUCUGGAUUGUUAAAAGAUCGUUUCCUUCAGAGGUACUUCAGUAAGGAAGCUCGUGGUAGCUCUGAAGUUCCAGAGAGGGAUGUAGUACAUGAAUGCAGAAGGCUGCUUGGUGAAAGACACGGUGUUAGCCUUAGGAGGUUUCUGGAAGCAAUCAACAGGAGACAUGACAUAACUGAUGGGUUGAGAAGUUUAAAAUGCCGUACACUCAUAUUUGUUGGAGACCAAUCUCCUUUCCACUCUGAGACUCUUCACAUGGUGGCUGCAUUAGACAGAAAAAACAGCGCCUUGGUUGAGGUGCAAGCUUGUGGAUCAAUGGUGACAGAAGAGCAACCACAUGCGAUGUUGAUACCAAUGGAGUUCUUUUUCAUGGGCUUUGGGUUGUACCGGCCUGGUCGGGUUAGUGAUAGUCCUACGAGUCCACUCAGCCCGUCGUGCAUUUCGCCUGAGCUUCUGUCUCCGGAGAGUCUUGGUUUGAAGCUUAAGCCAAUAAAGACUCGGGUUCCCACCAAAUGCUAAAGAAACCAUUGAUUCUUUUUUUCAUAUUCUUUAAUUGAAUUGUAUUUCUUGUUGUACUCUAUUAUGUAGUCGAUUAACUCGUAAACACUUUUAUUUUAGAGAUACUAGUUUUAUGGGUUGAUGAUAUCAUUACAA